CCUGCCUCCCCCUCCAGUAUUUGCAGCCCUUCUUUCUUUAGCAAUCUCCUCCUCAGCCAAAGGCGGUAAAUCUCCAUAGUAGUGUCCAAAAUGUGUCACGGCCACCCGCGACACCACCCGUGCGCCCACACAUCCAUCAAUUGGCACUACUGCCCUUCAGCACUCAUAGACUUGGAGACAGGCUAUGAGACGCCUUGCCAGAACACCACCUUUGCACCGGUUCAGCCCAUCAGUUCGGACUGUCCGCUGCAGAACUGCCAGUUCAAGGACAAGGGCGGCAGCUGGACGUGCUGCUCUUGUCAGCAGGGACCCAACACCAGAGGGUGGUGUACCAUGCCAUCGAGCCGAUUGCAGGUGAACCCAGAGUCAUUCACCAUUGAGGCCGUGGAGUCGACUUGUGAUCAUGGCUGCUGCAGCAAGUGUAUUCGCUACGGACCGAGCCGCGAUUCAACGCCAGACAUGAAAUUCUCCGAGAUGAUGAGGGGUUCAGCCUCCCGCAAGUUUGGAUAUGGCAGUGCCACCAAGUCGCACCGACGCGGGACGGCGUUUUCGCUCGUGGGAGGGUUUCCUCCCGUGACGAGAGAGGAGUCGUCCUCGUCCUCGCCGCCUUCCAGGUCAAAGUCGAGCCCGACGGGUUCUGAGUACAGUCUUGAGAUGGGCCACUCGGCCAGCAAGACCAAGUCGAGCAAGAAGCGACACAAGGGCAAGUCGCGGUGAAUAACUUGGGUUCUUUUGCUUCCGUGUACGCCAGUGUGGAUGGGUGUUUGAGAGAGGUGUUGGGAGAGCGUUGUGCUGAUGUUCCGUUGGAUUUGCAAACCGGUCUGGUGUCAUCACAGCGUUCGGCAUUUCAGUGCCCAUAUGAUAGGC